AUGUUAUUAACUAAACGUAAAUCAUUUAAUCCAUCUCGUGUUGUUAAAUUGCAUCGUCGUCCACAUCGUCAUCGAUCAUUCGAUAAUCAUCCCGAUCAUAUAUCACCUACUAGAGCUACUGAUCAACCAAUGGAUUUGACUAAAUUUGAUUUAACUUCAUUCAAUGGUAGCGAUUUCAAGACAAGUGGUUUAUGUUCCGAUUUAACACAAUCUCAUGUCAGCUACGUUACGACGACUCCAAUAACAUGUAGUUCAUCAUGUCUUAAUCAAACAUGGAUUUCAUCAUCAGGUCUUCUUGCUAAAUGGACAUUUAAUGGAAUAUAUCUUGACGAUAUGAGUUCUUAUACAGCAAUACCAGUGAACAGUCCAACUUUUAUUACUAAUGGUUAUGUUAAUCAAGCUCUCUCACUUACUGCAGCAAAUAAUCAAUAUUUGUAUACUUCAUAUAUUCCAUUGAUACAUGCAAGUUUUACAAUUGAACUUUGGUUUUAUCCUACUGCAUUUCCAAAUCCAACUCAUCAUAGUAUUCUUGGUUUGUGUACAUAUCCCGGAAACGAUCAAUGUCUUCAUUUAACUAUUCAAAAGAUUGGUGUUAUAAACACUCUCUAUAUGUCUUUUUUUGGUGAUAAUUGUAUGACUUACAAUUCUGUACCAUUGAAUGAAUGGACACAUGCUGCAUUCGUCUUUGAUAACAGUACACUUUCUAUGUUAAUCUAUCAGAAUGGAUACCUUAUUGGAAAUGCUACUUCGGUACUGUCACUACAAGGAACUAUGAAUAAUGUUACAAUAGGCUAUAUACCAGGAAUUGUUGCAGCGUAUGGAAAUAAUUCUUUUGAGGGUUAUAUUGAUCAGCUAACAAUAUUCGAUAGAGCAAAACCAGCAUGUGAGAUACUCGAUGAUGCUUCAUUAACUACGUAUUAUAAUUUUGAUAGUAGUCCUAUAUUUGAUGAUUCUGGAUCAAAUUCAUUACCAAGUACAUCACAAUUAACAUCUUUUGUGUUAUCUGGGCAUUCAUUCAAAGCUAUAACUUUUAACAAUCCAAAUGCGUAUUUACAAAUCGAUGAUCUUACAGAACUUGGAACAACUAACAAAUCUUUUAGUAUCUCUCUUUGGAUUCGACCAUAUUCACUAGCAGGAACACUUGUCUUUGUUUCAAGUACUGCAGCUGGUAUUGGUUGGUGCAUGUCUUUUAUAGGUUUUGCUAGUAAUGGUUCUAUUGUUGCACAGAUGAUUGCUAGUAUUGUUCAAUCUGUUUAUGGUCCGGCUGUUUCAACAUCUUCAAUAUGGCAUCAUAUAGUUGAGACAUGGAGUUCAACAAAUGGUCUUCGACUUUAUGUCGACAAUGUUUUAGUAGCAUCGAGUGUAUCAGCCACAACUUAUUUAGCGAGUUCAAUGUCAAAUUAUGUUAUGUUAGCUAAUCGACCAAAUAAUACAUGUGAUUAUGGUGUAAUUGGUCUACAAGGAGCAUUUAUUGGUGAUAUUGAUGAUUUUAAAAUUUAUAGUCGAGAACUUACGAUAGAUGAUAUUUGUGCGCUUUAUAAAUCCUAA